AUGGCCAACAGUGGAGACAAGAACGUUCAGAAAAACGGACAAGAUGGUGACAAAAAGGAAUCACCUCAACAAGAGAGGAGGAAUAUCACUCCUUCCCCUCAAGUUCCUCGCCAGGGAGAUGGUGAAAGGGAGGUGCCCGCAAGGAGAGAGAGAGCUGCUACACCCGCAGGUGAAGGAUCUGGUGAAAAAAAGAGAUGGAGAAGGGAUGAUCCCGGUGCUUCUAGUAGUGGGGUCGACAAGAGGUCGAAGAGUGGAGGUGUGCUUGAGAUUCCAAGCAGAUCUCACACUUGCUGCCUCUGUGGAAAGAAAUUUCAAUCCUUGAAGGCUGUGUUUGGACACAUGCGCAGUCAUAAAAUUGAAGAUGUGCUGGUUCAGGGGGCGCUUCCUCUGCCAGUCUAUAUCCCAGACGAACCGCAUCAUCUUAAGGAGCAACUGGCUCCGGCUCUCCUCAACGCUGCUCAAGGGGUUCUACAAGGACCUCAUGGACGGGCUCCUGCCGCCCCCAGAGGUCUUAACAUAGAUUUAAACGAGCAGACGCCACAAAGUGAAGGUCCCACGACUUUUUCGCCAUCUUCUCCGAAGAAAGGUGGUCGCAUGAAGCUGGACCUGAACAAGCCACCCCCUCCGGAGGAUGACGACGGUGACGACGGUGGUGGUGGUAGUCCUAUUUGA